AAUCCGACAUACUGGACACUGUAGGAGUUAGCUGGCUAACGUUAACUCCAGAAGAUGGCAGUAGUGCAACAUUAAGGAUGCAAGAUGCCUAAAACCUAGCUAGCUAAAGAAGAAGAAAAAAAAAUCAUGUUCCUUUGGUCCAGGCGCAGAGGCUCUAUUUACAGCGUCGCAAUGGACACCGGCCCAGUAAUAUUAGGUGUACUAGGACAGUGACUUUGCCUGAUGACAUCUAAAUCAAAGGCCCAGUUGGCACCUCUGCCAUGGACAGAGAUCCUUGCAUAUUGGGUGCUGUCCUUUGGCUCUCAUUUGUACUCUUUCUACCAACUGCACAGGUUCUCUAAAGAGCAUGAAGCAGGAUUAGAGAGAGAAUUCCAGUUGGGAAAAGGCCUUGUUACAGGUUUUAAAAGGGACCUAUCAGACUUUGAGUGGACUUUCUGGACAGAAUGGGCUAAGAAGUCUUUGCUGUGGACUCUGAUUGGUCAUGGCUUAAUAUCGAGAUUGACCAGCAUCUUUUACCCCAAGUUUAGGGUGCCAGCACUCACGACAUAUGGCCUCUUAGCAGCCAGCAGUGUGUUGGGGAUUAAAGGUGUGAGUGUGCUGCUGGUACAUCUGGGCCUGUCCUUUUCAGUGGCCCAACUGCGAAAGCCUGCUCUGUCAUGGGCCUGCAACCUGCUGCUGCUCUCCACACUUCACAUCCAACCACUACAAGAGAUCCAGAGAGGCUGGUAUAAGACCGAGGAGGAGUACUAUCUGCUACUGUUCAGUGUUGCUGUCUGUGGUCUACGCUUCAUCAGCUUCAGCCUGGAGCAUUGCUGGUGCCCUCCAGACCAUGGUGGAGUUGUGCAGCUUUGUUGGUUGUUUUCAUACACCUUCUAUCAUCCUUUUUUCUACAAUGGACCCAUCAUCACGUACAAGGACUACGUUGAGCAGAUGCGGAGGCCUGCUGAGGAGUGUGACAGGGAAGAAUCUGUUUUUAGUUACUCGGUGCUAAGAUCAUUACGGAUCAUACUGUGGUGGUGCAUCGCAGAAUACAUGAUCCAUGUAAUGUACAUGCACUCCAUCCAGUCUAAUGAGACCUACUUAGAAAUCCUUCCUCCCUGGGCCUUGGGCGGUCUGGCCCUGGCCCUCGUCCAGUUCUUCUAUGUUAAGUAUCUGGUGCUGUUUGGCCUUUCAUCCAUGCUGGCUACCUUCGAUAAACUAGUCCCCCCAAAGCUUCCUCGUUGUGUCAGCAUCAUGUACAGUUUCACAGGGAUGUGGAGGCACUUCGACGAGGGCCUGUAUCGAUGGCUCAUCAGAUACAUCUAUGUGCCGUUGGGAGGUUCACACCAUGGUUCUCUUUACAAAAUAUUAUCCACUGGCCUUGCAUUCGGAUUUGUAUGCCUCUGGCACGGUGGCCAUGACUACUUGCAGUACUGGGCCCUGAUGAAUUGGGCUGGAGUUCUGGUGGAAAAUGGACUGAAGUCUUUCUUUUCCUCGUCUUUUAUUCACUCCAUUGUUGAGCAGAAUUUAUCUGCGGCGAUGGAAAGGCGUUGUGUUGCCCUUCUCUCUGCCUUCUCCACUGCCAUGCUCAUCCUCUCUAAUCUGGUGUUCCUCGGGGGGGUACAUGUUGGCAGAAUCUUCUGGAAGCGUGUCUUCAUUCAAGGCUGGUCCACCAUGGCCCCGCCUAUGCUGGCUUUCCUCUACUGCUUUGCUCAGAUUGGACUUGAGUGGACUUCUCACCCAUCAUGAGUCACCUUGACUUUGUAUCGGCGCGAGAAUACCUGCUACCAGACAACCAGCACAACCUGCUGAGUCCAAUGCCUUGUCUUUACCAGCCAGAGUCUCUGUGGCGAACCUGGCUCGCAGCCACAGAACCUGUCCAAACCUGGCUGAAGUGCAGCUGAGCAGCCACUUUUCACAACCUGCAAGACUGGGCAAAAUCUGUCUGUAAGCUGAGACUUAAAGGAUUAGUGCUGAUUCUCUCUAAGGAGAGAGUUUCCUACUUUGUGAAAAGUGCACACAAACUGUAAUAGAAUGAUAUUCAGGGCAGUGUCUAAUAGGAGCCUCUGCAGUGUUUUCUACCCAAUAAGCUACACAGAAUCACUGUUAUUCUAAGAAACUGUAAAAGAAAAUAUGGACCCUGCAUCUGUCUUGGUUUUAUGACUCUGAUAUGGUAUUGCUCAGUGGUGCGGUAAGAGAAAUGCUAAUUUUAUAUUUACGUCCUCCUCUAGCUCACCACAAACACAUUUGUGUUUUCAGAGAUAGACAAAAGGCCCAGAAGACUGAAUAAAGCAGCAGGAACCUGAUCAAUGUCAUUAUUUCCCCUACAAAUGCAAUUUGGGUGAGGUAGAAUGACACUUAAUAUUAGUAGAUGUAGCGCUAAAAAGCUUUAGCGGAACUAUAUACUAACUUUUCAUUCAGCAAAGUAACAAUGAUAGAUGACAUUUAUCCAUCGGAAUGCAGGGGAAAGCUAUUUUUUUGAGCAAGAAUGUUAAAACAAGCUGUUUGUUUUGUGCUAAUGUGUUGUUAUAUAAUGCCUCAUAUUUCCAAAAUGUCAACUGUAUAAUACCUCAGUCUACGUUUGGAUUAAAACCUUGUAUUUCACGUUUUCUGAUUAUAAAUAUCCAUCCAUGUUAUAAUGAAUAACCAUACUGUACCUGAUGCAAGGCAUCAUUCACAGUUUCACUGUUCAAGCCGUGUGUAUGUCCUGAUACAUACAAGUCAGGAGUGUUUGGGUUAUGUUGAAGGGGUUAAUCUGAUACCCCACAGACUGAGAAGCUCCUCCAACAUAGACUUAUAAAACUCUUUCAGAACUUUUUGUCUACUUUUGAAACAAGUUCUAUGAGUAUUGUUUAAAAGAUAACACUGGUGUAACAUUUUUCUUCAAAUCCUGUGAAAAGACCAAAUCCAACAUGUUUGUCUGUUUCCAACUUCCCUACCCUGUCUGUGGCACUCUGCCCUCAGUCUCAGUUUUUAGCAAACGUUACUAAAACAAUAGUCAAUAAUGUAUUUUCAGCUGCAGAUUGAUACAUACAGUAUUUGGUGCACUUAUGUAGGACAGUUUUAUGUGAGAUCAACACAAAAUACUCAUACUUAUGAAGGACCAUGUCAGCCAGUGUAACAGUGACUCAUUGAUAAAAACAAUCAUGGCGCUCUAUGACAGAGGAAUAAGCUAUAUCAGACAAUACUUAGUGAGAUUGAUUUAGUUGAAUUAGUUGUUUUUGGUCUUUUCGUAAAAUAAGUAAUAUAAGAAUAUCACCAGACUUUUCCUUUAAGAGAUGUUGAAGAUGUUUGUCAAACUAUUGGAAAGCGUAAUGAAUUCAUUCAUGCUCAAUAAAGGCAAGGCUUUCCCAUGACAACCAGCUUUAGUAAAGGGUUAGAGCUGCAGCGGUUAGCCAAUUACCAAUUAGUCGAACAGAAAAUGUAUCGUUAACAAUUUUGAAACUUGAUUCAUCGUUUUACGUUUUUUUAAGCAAAAAUGCUAUAUCUUUUCUGGUUCAAGCUUCUCACAUGUAACGAUAUUCUGCUUUUCCCUACUCUUUAUCAUUGUAAACUGAAUAUCUUAGGGUUUGGACUGUUUAUUGGACCAAAACAAGACAUCUGAUGACCUCACCUUGGAGUCUGAAAAAAUGUGGACUUACUGUAUUCUGACAUUUUAUAUCCUAAACAAUCCAUGAAUCGAGAACAUAAUAGGUUGAUGAAUGGAUGACAAUUAUUAUUUGCAGCUCUAUUUAGGGUCAUCAGGUUGAGGUUGUCCCACAUGAAUGAUGAGUUGACCUGAUGUAAUGGGAGAAAAGUUUGACCAAUGAGCCGCAGUUUAAUCUCACACCAAAAAGUACAUUACACACAGCUCUUUGUGAUAAGUUUCCAAUCUCAAAAGUGUUUGCAUUUUACAUUUCAGAUUACAAUGAAUAGUUCACUUUGUAAUCCAGUAGGAGAUGACUAGUUUGUCACCAGUUUCUAAAGACAAACUUCAUGUUCCAGGAAGUAACAGGAAGCUGCUUUAAAAGCUUAUCUGUGCUUAUUUGUCUUUUGAGCUUAAAAGUGUGAUGUGGCAGAAACAAUCUGAUCCUCUGACUAUUCACUGUGCACAGCAAUGAAAGCAAACAGCUUCAGGGUAUGGUUUCCAAGGAGAUUAGUUUAAGACUGAGUGGAUUUUAAAUCAGAGGUGUCAUCGCUGACUGAUUCAUCAUUAACAUGAAACUCUCAUGUUGCCUUUGGUCCUCUGGUUGUUUAUUAUUGCGCCGUAACAAUUAUGUUCCCAAGGUUUGUAUGUUCAGGUUCUCAAUCAGUGAACUGUCUUAACUGUGCAGGUUUGUAAUUUGUCAAUCAAGGUACAGUAUAAUAAACAGUCUUAUAAUAAAAUAACUGUGUAAUCUAUA